CGCCUUCCCGCGGCAGAGUUAUGCCAAGUAUGUGAGGAGCCGGCGAGGGCCAGCGCCGGUCAUGGGGAGCCGCCGCCGCCGCCUGCACGGCUUUCUCUGCAACCCGGCUCCGACCUCUCCGCACGGCGGGGGCGAGCCUAGCCGCUGAGGCAGAGGGGAUGGCGGACCCUCUGAGGAGGACGCUGUCUAGGCUCCGGGGAAGGCGCGGUUCCCGCGGCGCCGGGGGGCUCGGGCUCCGGACGGCCGCUGCAGCUACGGUGGCGACUUCUUCGGUGGCUGAGGGAGACGCCUGGGGUGGUCCGGACUCCUCCGGACGCGAGCACAGCGGGGAAGCCCAGCCGAGCCUGACGCAGCCUCCGCCGUCACCUGAGGUGUGGAGCCCCGAGGCGCGGGUCCGCGGAGGGCGCCCGGGGCAGUCGGGGGCGCUCGUGCCGCGGCCGCGCGGCGGGCAGAAGGCCGUCUCUCGGGGCCACGGACCCGUUUGCGCCUCUCCGCACGCCUCGCCGGGCUCCUGGGGCAGCAGAGAGGAGGAGGAGGACUCCGAGGACUACGACGCCGACUACUACGAGAACCUGCCCGGCGGCUCUCCGCCCGCGCCCGAGCCUGAGGGGGCGGAGGCGGAGCGGCGGCCCCCGCCUCUCCCGGCGGCGGGCUCCUCCCCGGGGGCGGAGGGCGGCCGCCUGGAGACAGGCAGGCUGCAGACCCAGUUGCGAGAGGCCUAUUAUCUGCUGAUCCAGGCCAUGCACGACCUGCCCCCUGACUCUGGCGCGCGGCGGGGUGGCGGGGGCUUGGCGGAUCACGGCUGCCCUGCGGGAGCCCGGGCUCCGGGCCAGCCGCCUUCCCCCAGCGGCGCUGAGGACCGCCUAGCCUGCCCCCGAGCCUGGGAGCGGGGAGGCGGCGACCGCCCUGGGCAGCAGGUGUCCCCACCCCGGUCGCCUUCGAGGGAGUCGGGGGGAGGCCGGCUGCAGACUCCUCGGAUGCGGCUGCCCUGCAGCAGAAGCCUCGAGAGCCUCCGGGUGUGUGCCAAGCCGCCUCCCUUCCAGCGGUGGCCGAGCGACAGCUGGAUCAGGUGCGGCGCGCGGCGCGGGGACUGGGACGAGCCCCCGCCACGUGGAGGCAGGAUGGACGGCUGGCGCGGGGGCAGUGCCCGGACUGUGGCGCCCGCCGGCCUCCUGCCUCUGGGCUCCGAGGACCCCGGCCGCUCGUCGGGAACCCCUUUCAGGGAUCCAGCAGGGUCCUCUGUGUUACGCGGCGGCAAAGGAGACCUCCAGGAGGGGCCCCCCUUCCUCAGGCCGCCUGCGGUGACAGUCAAGAAGUUGCAGAAGUGGAUGUACAAAGGACGCCUGCUGUCUCUGGGAAUGAAGGGUCGCGCCCGUGGGACGCCCCCCAAACUCACGGGAGCGCAGGCUUCCUCCCCAAAUCUGGGCGCUUUGAAAGCGCAUGAAAACCAAGUCCUCUCCGUGCCUCCAGACCAAAGAAUUACACUCACAGAUUUAUUUGAAAAUGUUUAUGGGUCUUCAAUGAAGAGAAGGGAACUUGAAGAUCUAAAGGAUAAUAUUGAAUUCAGAGGUCAUAAGCCACUUAACAGUAUCACUGUUUCAAAGAAACGCAAUUGGCUAUAUCAGAGUACUCUGAGAUCUUUUAAUCUGGAAGAAGAAAAUAAGAAAUGCCAAGAUAGAAGCCCGUUAUCCAUCUCACCUGUGUCUCUACCUAAACAUCAGCGAUCACAGCCUUUCUUCAAAUCAUCUGAAGAAUACUGUACAUAUAUGGUGUGUAAUGCUACAAACUCUUCAUUAUCAAGAAACUGUUCUUUAGACUUUAAUGAGGAAAAUGAUGCAGAUGAUGAAGGAGAAAUAUGGUACAACCCCAUUCCUGAGGAUGAUGACCUUGGUUUAUCCAGUGCCUUGAGUUUUGGUGAGGUAAACUCUGCUGUUCUGAAGCUUCCUGCUGUUAGUUUGAGCAUGUUGCCUGGUAGUGGCCUGAUGAAACCAGAGUCCCAUACUGAAGACUUGCUGUGCUCUUCUGAACACAUAAGUGAUAUUCAAGCCAUGCCAUCAAAUGUAAUGAAUCCUAUACAUUCCAUCCAUUCCACAGAAUUUGUGCAGCAGUACAAGCAAAGGGUAGGACCCAGGACACAAGAAGCUACAAUGGUGGAGGAUAGUUCCAUGUUAAAAUCUCCUUUUACAGGUCCUGGGAUCCUAGCUUCUACAAGUAGGACUGAAUUGGGAGUUACAGAACCAUCUUCUCCAAAUCCUAGCCCUGUGAAAAAAGGCAGUUCAAUUAAUUGGUCUUUGCCAGAUAAAAUAAAAUCUCCACGAACUGUGAGGAAACUUUCCAUGAAAAUGAAAAGAUUGCCAGAAUUUAGCCGAAAACUGAGUGUUAAGGGAACCCUGAAUUACAUAAACAGUACAGAUAAUACUCCUUCUUUGUCUAAAUGUAACUAUCAAGAAAUUCAUCAUACUGUUAUUCUACCUUCUGGGAACACAACCACAGCUGCUAGGAGGAAUGUUAUAAGUCGAUACCAUCUUGAUACCAGUGUAUCUUCUCAGCACAGCUACCAGAAGAAAACCUCUGUGAGUUCUAAGUAUUCCUGCAAAGGAGGUUACCUCAGUGAUGGAGACUCACCUGAACUUAUAACUAAAUCUGGCAAACAUGGAUCUGAAAACAAAUUUGGAAAAGGAAAAGAAAUAGUUUCUAAUAGUUGUAGCAAGAAUGAAAUAGAUAUUGAUGCUUUUAGACAUUAUAGCUUUUCUGAUCAACCUAAAUGUUCACAGUAUAUAUCUGGGCUCAUGAGUGUGCAUUUCUAUGGUGCUGAGGAUUUAAAACCACCCCGCAUAGAUUCAAAAGAUGUCUUUUGUGCAAUUCAGGUAGAUUCAGUAAACAAAGCAAGAACAGCUUUGCUCACCUGUCGGACAACAUUUUUAGACAUGGAUCAUACUUUCAACAUAGAAAUUGAAAAUGCACAACAUUUGAAACUAGUAGUAUUUAGUUGGGAACCCACGCCAAGAAAAAAUAGAGUUUGUUGUCAUGGAACUGUUGUUCUCCCCACAUUAUUCAGAGUGACAAAGACACAUCAGUUGGCUGUCAAACUUGAACCCAGAGGUCUUAUUUAUGUGAAAGUGACUCUUAUGGAACAGUGGGAGAAUUCUCUUCAUGGGCUAGAUAUCAAUCGAGAACCAGUAAUAUUUGGAGUUGAUAUUCGAAGAGUUGUGGAGAAAGAAAAUAUAGGAUUGAUGGUGCCACUCCUGAUACAGAAAUGUAUUAUGGAAAUUGAAAAGAGAGGCUGUCAGGUAGUAGGCCUGUAUCGAUUAUGUGGUUCGGCAGCAGUCAAGAAAGAACUUCGAGAGGCUUUUGAGAGGGAUAGCAAAGCUGUUGGUCUGUGUGAAAACCAGUACCCAGAUAUAAAUGUAAUAACAGGUGUUCUUAAGGAUUAUUUAAGAGAACUUCCUUCUCCUCUGAUAACAAAACAGCUUUAUGAGGCUGUAUUAGAUGCAAUGGCAAAAAGUCCUUUGAAAAUGUCAUCAAAUGGUUGUGAGAAUGACCCAAGUGAUUCCAAGUUUGCUGUUGACCUGCUAGAUUGUCUGCCUGAGAUUGAGAAGGAAACCCUGAAGAUGUUGUUGGAUCAUUUGAAAUUGGUGGCUUCUUACCAUGAAGUAAAUAAGAUGACCUGCCAGAAUUUGGCUGUGUGCUUUGGACCAGUAUUAUUAAGUCAAAGGCAAGAGACUUCCACCCAUAACAACAGAGUCUUUACUGAUUCAGAAGAACUUGCAAGUGCUUUGGAUUUUAAAAAACAUAUAGAAGUUCUUCAUUAUUUACUCCAACUCUGGCCAGUGCAACGUUUAACUGUCAAAGAAUCAACAGACAAUUUGUUUCCAGAGCAGAAGUCUUCUGUGAAUUGUUUGAGGCGGAAGAAAGAACGACCUUACAUGUUAGAUUUGAGUAGUACUGAUUCAUCUGGAGUGCUUAGGCCAAGACAAACCAGAUUAGACAGUCCACUUAGCAAUCGUUAUGCAGGAGACUGGAGCAGCUGUGGAGAAAACUACUUUUUAAAUACAAAAGAAAAUUUAAAUGAUGUGGAUUAUGAUGAUGUCCCUUCAGAAGAUAGAGAAAAUGGAGAAAAUUAUAGCAAAAUGGAUGGACCAGAAAUAAUGAUCGAACAGCCAAUUCCCACAUCCAAAGAGUGCACAUUUCAGACAUACUUGACAAUGCAGACAAUUGAAUCUACAGUAGAUAGAAAAGUCAAUCUCAAAGAUCUACAAGAAAGUAUUGAUACUUUGAUUGGAAAUCUGGAACGUGAGCUCAACAAAAAUAAGCUUAAUAUGAGUAUUUGAGAUUGAGGGUUUUUAUUUGGUUUUUCAUAAUGCCUUAAAGUUUCAAAUCUGUCUUUCUCACUUUCUUUUCUUAUACCUCCAACAGUGAUGUUUUUAUUUUUUUACUCUUGAAAAUUUCAGUUAAUUUCUAAUAAGUUUGUGAUUUAAUUAAAAAUACUAUUCACUAAUACAAUUUUGACUUAUUAGAAAACUUUUCUGGGGGUAAAGAUAACUUGGACUUCUUGGGAUAUUUUAAUAAAUCUUGCCAACUCUAUGGAAAUAACUUUCACAUGCAUUUAGAAGGUUCAGAUAAGUUAUUAGCCCCCCAAGGUUUUGGUACUUCAUAGGAACUGCUCUGCUGAGACAGAUGUUUCUUUAGAGAAAUGUCACCACUCAGUCUGAUUUGCAGUAUGAGUCCUGGUACAAUGCAACAUCAUUUGGUCACACUUCAUUUGUAAUGUAAAUGCUGCUAUAAGAAAACCAUUUUAUAAAUAAAAGUAAAAUUAUACUAAUAUUAAUGUAUUCUGUAUUAACAUUCAGUAAUUAUUUAAGCUUAAAGAAAUUAAAUAUUUUUAUAAUACUGAAAUUGUAUAUAUUUAUAAAUGCAUAUAUAUGUAAGUAUUAGAAUCGAGGGAGUGGUGGCCUUUAGAAUCACAUGUAUUUUUAAAGCAUAUAUGUCAUGAGGCCAAAAUUAUUAGCUUACAAAUAUCUUUUUCAGGAAAAGGACAUGUAAGUUACAGGAGUUACAUAAAAACACUUGAACAAAAACACUCUAGAAGCAUCUGAAUAGAAAUAAUUGACUUUCUUUUUUGAUUCACAGAAAGUCACAAUAUCCCUUGUGAAAAGUCAUCUUUGAAAUCUUCUAACUCCUUGAGUGAUUAAGUGCCCUGAUUUCUGCAUUGGUGACUUAGAUUAAAAAAAUCUUUACCUAUUUUACGCAUUUUUGUAUUCUGCUUUAAGUAUUUAUUUGUAGCAGUACAUUUAUAACACUGACUUUAUAAUUACACUGAUUUGUUUCUAAGGAAAUUAUCUUGCCAGCAUAUUACAUGUUAUUUUUAAAAAUUAACUUAUUUUAGCUAAGUAUAUCUAAAAGGUAGUCAUUAUGGCAAUCAUAGCAGUGUUUGAAAAUGUAAAUUUAGAAGCUUUUUUAUUAAAUCAAGAUGUAUUUUUUUAACUUUUAUACCUAAAGAAUAUAUAAUUUUAAAAUUAUAAAUAAAAUUUAAAUUACCAACUUUUAAGAUAUAGCAGCCAUUAAAAAAGCUGAAUUCCUGAUGUUUUUUCCCUAAAUAUUAUUUAAUCAUUUCUAUGCAAUAUACAUUGGUAAACAGGAAACCUUUGUUAUUUAAUUUGAAAAUCCAUUGUUAAAAAAAUAGAUAACUAUUUUUAUAUGAAAUUUUCUUUUUUUCAGCUUUGUGUAACAAUUCAGAAGAAUACCAAAAGAACAUGUGUAUUGAGUAAACAACCAAAAAAAGUACUUUUAAAUGUUUUGUAGGAAGACUGCCAUAGUUUUCUUCCUUUUAUUUGCUAUUUAUGUAUAUUGUAUGAAUUGAAUAAGUUCCAGAAAUGUAAAACUUUUAUUAAAAUAUUAUAACCAUGGAGUCAUGCUGUUAAUUAUCAUAAUGAUUUUAAGGAUCACUUAUUUCAAUAUUCUUUUUAAACAAAGGUGUUAAAGUAUUGGACCAUCAUGUAUUAUAUAUAAAUAUAUGUAAUAACGUUUAUUUGUCUAGAAUUUAAUUCUCCAGGGUCUGAAAUACUUAAGGGCCAUGCUUAUAUUACUAUAUAUUUUGGAUGGGAAUAGUUUUAAAGUUAAUCUCUGCCAUCUUAAAUAGAGAAUUCUAAACAUUGUCUAAUCCCUGAGUCAUAACUAUAAACCUCUCUUGUUGACUGUUGUUCUAGAAGUGUUGAAUAAGUUUAAAUGACUUUAUUUUAAAUCGCCUUUUAUUUCAAAUAUUUUUUGAGUUUUUAUA